AUGGAACGCAAACCUGAAUCCAUGACCGCAGCCCCGGCGCCAGUCCCCCAUGCAAGCAAUGAACCACGUAACCCGUCGUCCUCCUCCUCCUCCUCCUCCUCCUAUUCUCCCUCACCCCCAUCCUCUUCCUCCCACCAUCGUCGCCGCUACCGCCACCAUCAAUACCACCACCACAACCACCCCCGCCAUCGCACCUCCCACCCCUACCAAAACCACCAAGCAACCACCCACCUAAUCACACCAACCGCACCAAUCACAAAGCUCACCGUGCGCGGGAUCCCGCUCCGAGCCAUGGCCUGGCCCAUCAGCGAGCGGCACCUGCGCCGGAUCUUCUCGUCCCGACGACGCCAGCAGCCGCACAAGCCCGCGGCCUUCUUCGGCGCCAUCUCCUGCGGUAGCCGACACGUGCGGCUGUACCGCGAGCUGCGGGUGCGGUGA